AUGAAAAGGCGUUCAAGAUUUUAUCAUGGAUGGAAGCUAGAAUUACAUGGGCGUCACGUCGAAACACAGCGGAAGCGCUCUGCUGGUGUGAAGAAGGGAAAGGCAUCGUACACGGGCGGAGGCCUUGAUGAUAGAAGAAUCUUGUGCUUGCCAUUGCGGAUGGCUUCUGCAGCAUUGAUGUACCUUCCUCGUAGAAUCCGAGCAUCGCGUCCACGGAGACUGAUGCAAGACUCCUCCUGUACUGUAGUGAGACGUGAAGGCGUUGCGAUUGGUGCGCUCUCAUCGAGAAAACGAGAUAUGAGAAGUGUGGUAAAUACUGACCUUGAACUCGCGAAGAGUGCCGUCUGUGCAGAUGCCAGAUUUUUGAGUUUGGGGGCUUGGCUUGGCGUCAAACCCGCAUUGAUACUAUGGCAUUCUGGCGUCAUCGACAGCGCGGACAUACCAAUAUCAUUGCGGAAGCAUCCGAAAGCAUUCCCUCAGACGCCUCCCCUAGAGACAGAAUCAUACAGCAACUUCCACGCGCGGAAAGCCACGGCAGAGGCGAUUACGGGCUACAACUUCCGCGACGAUGAGUACUUGAAGGCUGCGCUGCGUCCUGGUAACGCUCCUCUUCAUGGCGAGCCCAUCUACAGAUGCCAGAGCCAACUUGCUAUCAUCGGCGAUUCGCUGCUCAGGCUGGCAUACUUCACACACAAUUUUCCAGAUACUACAGAAGGUAAAGCCGCCGGCAAUUAUCAUGCUCACGCCUGGAUAGGAAGUCUGAAUGGUCCUUUUGACUCCAUAUCCUCAAAUUCUGCCCUAGCCUUUACUGCCUGGAACAACGGGCUUGCGAAAGCCAUGGAUACCACCAUUCCCCAAGCCGGACGUGCGAAGUAUGGAGAGCCAAACAUCAAGGCCUCGAAGAUAGCAGUUGCAACCAUGUUGAUCACUGACCUGUCUUCCUUCCAGGCUGUAUUUGGAGCAGUGUUCCUUGACUCAGACCAGGACCUAGGCGUGACAAAACAGCGAACAGGAGUAAGGCGUCCAGACGGUAACAGAAGCGGUCUGCUGAUUCUCACGAUAGACUGGUCUCGGGCAAAGUUCUUGACCGCGCCGAGGUUGCAAAGCGAACAGCUCAUGGAAGGGCAGCCUUAA